CCACGAUCAGCACCGUUUGAGUAAGAAGCAGAAGUCGUCUGUCCUUCACAACACAGCGAUGGCGAGUGCAACAAAAAUAAUCCAGAGGAUUCGAAAUCUCUUGUCUGGGCACAAUCUGCAAGCUAAGCUUCAAUUGCGUUAUGGAGAGAUAGCAAAAAGGACUCAGGAACCACCUAAACUGCCAGUUGGCCCAAGCCACAAGUAUGCCAGUAACUACUAUCAUCUCAGAGAUGGACGGAGAGAAUCAAUUCCUGCCACUGUGAUCAUGUCUUCCCAGAAGGCUCUCGCUGCUGGCAGCCAAGCUCCUGAUGUGCCAGCAAAGCGUGCUGUCACACCUGGUCCGGUUUUAAAGGAACUCACUCUGUCUACAGACCAGCCAUACCUCUGAACAUAUACAUUUAACUUAUAUUUCCUUCCCUAUCUACUUGUAGGUCUGACUUUAAAGCACUGUGUUGCUUGUAUUUGAUUCAGGCUUUGGUGCUUUAAUAUUGUAAAAAAUAAAUACAAAUUAAAAUAUUAUAUGUGA